CAUCGAUGAAACGGUUGCUACAAGAGCCAGCUUCAAAGAAACCCAAUCGCCAACCGGAUCUACCCUUCAGAAAAAAAAACAAUCAUCUACAAUCGAUCUAUCCAUCACCGGCUUUCCAACUAAGGGAAAGAACAAUCCGACUAGGAAAGAAAGAGAGACGAUUUGAUGUUGAUAGCCAGAAGAAGAGUAGAUCGACGUAAACGGGAAAAAACCCGGAGUAAGCCGCCGUCACAUAAAGGUAUAUGCGACACGGAGACAAAAGCCGGCCGAUUUUCGCCGGAGGAAAAGGCGAGAACGCCGGAGACAGAGUCCGGUCGGAUGAAACCGAAACCGGAACCAAAAAGUGGAUCUCUCUCACUCUCAAAAAUCAUUGCCUCUCUGAAAGAUAGAAAUUUGAUAAGAGAGGAACGAUUGUUAUGUCAUGUUUUUUUUUGAAUUUUCAAGGCUGGGAAAAAAAUGGAAAUUACCGAAACAGGGACUAGAUGGUAAUUUGCGCGUGAGGUAGUGAAAAAUGGAAACUAAACAACGGCUAUAUUUGAUGACGAUCGUAGUAGGAUUCGAUUGCAACAAGAGACCAGAUAGUAUUUAGUGUAAACAUACAACCAUUCUUCCCCUCACUUCCUCUUCUCUCAUACUCAAUUCUCAAACUCGCUCUCUCUCUCAGAACUUGAUUUUUCUAAUACCUCCGACCAAGAUGAAUACGUAUUACGGCGAUCUCACGGAGACGUGGUCAAAUUUCUCUCUCUUGGUGGAUACUGCGGCUUUGCUGCACGAACAAGAACACAAGCCAACAUGUUACACGGAGAAGAAGAAGACCGUAUCUCGAAAAGAAGAAGACGAACAUAGAAUGAAGAGAAUCUUCCAUCUUUUCCGAAGAAAACCAAGAUCAUCCGUAAAGAAGCCUCUUCAAAACCCUAACGGUGCUUCUUCUUCUUCAUCACAACUCUUCGAUCUUAACAAGAUUCCUUCAGAUACUCAGACUAAAAACCCACAAAACCCUAGUUCCCUAUCGACUUCCUCCUCAUGCCUAACAGAGAACAACAACACAAGCAGCCGCAAGAGACGUGCCGCGCAAGAAGGAAAGCAGCGUAGUUUCAAGAAAGCAAAGGUGUCACCUUUAUUCACAUGGGAGGGGAAAGAAACGCCGGAAUGGAUGAUCCAGUUGUUGAGAAACACGAAAGGAGCCGCAGACCCGAUGCUUAUCUUCGAGAAGACUCUGUUCGAAACCGAUGUCAAACCAAGCCAGAGCCGUCUCUCGAUCCCUUUCCACAAACUGAUACGUAACGACUUCCUGACACUGGCUGAGUCGAGAAUCAUCGAGGAAGACAUCAGCAACAGAGAAAAGAUGGGUUUGGGGGCGGUUCUUGUUGACCAAGGCAGCAAGAAGUGGGGCGUGUUUCUCAAGAGGUGGGAGAUGAAUGGUUCUUGGAACUACGCUUUGGUUUGUGGGUGGAACGAUGUUGUGAAGGCUAAUGGAUUGAAAGAUGGAGACAGCAUUAGUCUUUGGUCUUUCAGGUGCCGAGGAGUUCUCUGUUUUGCUCUUGUUCCUCUUCCCAUGUGACAGAGUAGCUCUUCCUUUGCUCUCUGAUAACUUCUUGAGACGAUUCUGUAGGUUUGUGUCUAGUGCCUUCUCAGAAUUGUAAUUGUCGAGAUUAGGGUUUUAGUACAGUUGUGUUUGAUCUUACAACACCUUGUUGGGUUUAUCUCAAGUAAUUUUUAGUUGUUUCUGAUUAUGUACUAUGAAUGUUUUGACAUGAAUACGUUUUGUCUUAGGAGUUUCAGUUAAUUGAUAGUUUCAUUUAUCUGACAUGAAUCUUGAUGAAUUAAACGGAUUUUAACUCAGUUUACUUGUGAAAAGAGCAAGAACAAUAUAAAACCAGGAACAAAAAUUGUGUUGCCAAGACUGUUUUUAGCAUUCACUGACUUCUUUCUUCGAGGGGACAUGGAAGUAGUUAAACUCUAUCAAACUGAUAAGUCAAAGAAGAUAUCACAAGGGUCACCUGGUAUGAUUCCUUUACAAGCGUUAGUGUGUGUAACCCCUGGCUCAUUGUCGAGAAAACUGAAAAAGAGAAAACACUAGAACAACAAAAAUGAAGAAACUAUUCAGAAACUUGAGCAAUGUUUCACCGGGAACAUCAAACCGGCAAAUAUAACAAAGCACAGCAAGAAGUAAAAUCAGGGUAGGAGUAUUGAACGUUGGAGACUGGUUGAGCAUGAAAAUGCACAAGGCUAUAAGAGAAGCGUUUCUAUCCCAAGUAAAUGUAUUUCUUAUUCGGGUCUCUCUAAUCACCACGAUCUAUUAACAUGUAUGCACACACAGAGGAAUAACCAGCAUGUUAAGAACCCACAAAAGCUUAACACAUAUUAGCAAACCAAUCUGAAGUUUUAAACUAAGUUCUUAAAAAAUGAUUUUUCUGUUAAUUAAAGUCAAUUUUAAGUAUAUUAUAAGCCAUGCGUAUAAACAAAAUUAGGGUUUAGUAUUUAGAAGAUGGGGUUGGGUUUAUAUACUUUUAGAAAUAAUUUUCAAAUUUUUAUAAAUGAUUUAAUAUGAUUAAUUUUGAGUUUUUUUUUUCAUCACAAACUUAGUGUAUUUAUGAAAUUGGUUAUCAUAAAGAUAAAUUUGAAAAGUAGUAGUAAAAUAAUUGUAAAAUUUCCCCAUUUUAAAGAUAUUUUCCAACUGUUUUUUUUUAAUUUUAAAUAUUUUUCCUUUUAUUAUUUAUAUCGUUUGGAAAAAUAUAAUGAAAAAAGGAAAAUAAAAUUAUAAAUCUGAUCCAAAAAACUAUUAAAUAAAAAGUAAAUUAAUCAAAACACUUUUUAAAUAACUGAUGGUAGUUAAUUGUAAUAUUUUAAUCUAUUAACUUUAAUUGUAGAAAGGGUAUAUAUCCUUUAACUUUUCGUAAAAUUGUUGAUAUGGCCUAUUUUCAUUUAUAAAACUUUUUCUUCAUUAUCCAUAUCAAAGGAAAAAAGGAAGUCGGCUAAUCACUAGUAGAUCUGAGGCGGUUUGAUUGCAAAAGCCCAAUUAGUAUUUAACUAUAUAAUGUCAACACAACCAUUCGCUCUCUCACUAUUCUUUAUUCUUUAUUCGCUCUGAAACAAAAGGAGAGGUUGAUUGAAUUUUUUCUUCCUCGUUAAUUUCGAACCCUAAUCUCGAGCGAAGAUGAGGAGCAUGGUUAAGGGAGGCGUGUGGAAGAACACGGAAGAUGAGGUCCUCAAGGCCGCCAUGAUGAAGUACGGUAAGAACCAAUGGGGUCGGAUCUCGUCUCUCAGCGUUCGCAAGUCAGCCAAACAGUGCAAAGCUCGCUGGAACGAGUGGCUCGACCCUUCUAUCAAGAAAACCGAAUGGACCAGAGAAGAAGAUGAGAAGCUUCUACAUCUUUCAAAGAUUCUCCCUACUCAAUGGAGAACAAUCGCUCCCGCCGUGGGGCGCACGCCAUCUCAGUGCCUUGAGAGGUACGAAAAGCUUCUUGAUGCAUCAUCAUGCAGUAAGGGUUAUGAAGCAGGGGGUGAUCCACGGAAGCUACGUCCUGGUGAGAUUGAUCCUAAUCCAGAGUCGAAGCCUGCUCGUCCUGAUCAAGUGGACAUGGAAGAUGAUGAGAUGGAGAUGCUUUCUGAAGCUAGGGCUAGAUUGGCUAACACUAGGGGGAAGAAGGCUAAAAGAAAAGCUAGAGAAAAGCAAAUUCAGGAAGCUAGAAGUCUUGGUUCUCUUCAAAAGAGGAGGGAACUAAUAGCAGCUGGGAUUGAUGAUGGGAAGCGUAGGAACAGGAAGGGGAAGGGGAUUGACUAUAGUGCAGAGAUUGCUUUUGAAAAGAGGGCACCUGCUGGAUUUUAUGACACUGCAGAUGAAGAUCGUCAUGCUGACAACCAUUGAAGAAGGCAAGAUGUGGAAGCACAGUUACUUAAAGCAAGAUGAAUGUUGUUGUUUCUGAUUGUAACUUGGAAUUGAUGAAUGUUUUGACAUGAAUAUGUUUUGUGUUAACAAUUUCAAUUUGUUUGAUGUUUACUUUUAUCUUGUUGACUUAAAUAUCUGAAUUUAACUCGGUCUUCUUGUAAACUUGUUGCCAACUUGGAAAGCAUAUGAUCUUCAACUGUCA